UGGACCGAGAACAGACAAAGAAGGUGGUGUAUUCAGCUGUAUAUGGAGCAGGAAAGGAGCAGCUUGUUGCCUGCCUGGAAGUUCCACUUCAGGAAGCAGCUGCACAGUUUUUGGAGAGUUUUUUACAGAAAUACAAAAAAAAUCAAGGAGUUUUCCCAAGCCAUCAUCACUCAGUGUCAGCGGAGCAGCUAUGUGGCAACACUGAUGGGCAGACGGAGGCCACUGCCCCAGAUCUGGGCUCAGGAUGUGCAGUUCCAGGCACAGGCCGAGUGCCAGGCAGUGAACUUCAUGAUACAAGGCUCUGCCGCAGACCUCUGCAAGAUGGCCAUGAUCUGCAUCUUCACUGCUGUGGCCUCAUCCCACUCGCUGACAGCCAGGCUGGUGGCCCAGAUCCACGAUGAGCUGCUGUUCAAGAUGGAGGAACCACAGGUGCCCGAGUUUGCAGCUCUUGUCAGGCGCUCCGUGGAGUCACUGUGGAAUGUGCCGGCCUCGGAGCUGCAGGUGCAGGUUCCCCUGAAGAGCCACCAGGCUGGCACCUGGGUGGUCUGGGAGCUGCUGGCCCUCACCACCUCAAGCUUUAUUGAAAAACAGCAGCUUGGCGGCCAUGCAGAGGGAAGUGCCCUGUCCCCAGGAGCUCGGGAGGGCAACCUCGUGCCCUACAGCUGCCACCUGUAA